ACCUCCACGCCAGUGUUGCUCGUACCCCCGCCAUUCCUUAGCUCCUAACCAGAGGGGGCGGGAGAGGGACGCUGUCACUCAGCCCCGCGGACCAAUGGGAGAGAAGCGAGCCCCGCCUCCGUCCCUGACCUGAGUUGCAGGCAUGCGCAUUGGACUUGCCAGCGCCACCGCCCAUCAGCUGAGAAUUGUAGCGCUCUGAGGGUGGGUGGCCGUGUCCGGAGGAGGAGGAAGCAGAGCAGAUCUGGGUGACUGCUUGGAAAACAAUCUCAAGAGCCUACCAUCAUCUGAUGAAAUUAGUGAAUAAGCAAAUAAGCCAUGUCUUACACUCCAGGAAUUGGUGGUGACCCUGUCCAGCUUGCCCAACGCAUCUCUUCCAACAUCCAGAAGAUCACACAGUGUUCUGUGGAAAUACAAAGGACUCUGAAUCAACUUGGAACACCUCAAGAUUCACCUGAAUUGAGGCAACAGCUGCAGCAGAAGCAGCAGUACACUAACCAGCUUGCCAAAGAAACAGAUAAGUACAUUAAAGAGUUUGGAUCUCUGCCCACCACCCCCAGUGAACAGCGUCAAAGAAAAAUACAGAAGGAUCGCUUAGUGGCUGAAUUCACAACGUCACUGACAAAUUUUCAGAAGGUUCAGAGGCAAGCUGCUGAGAGAGAGAAGGAGUUUGUUGCUCGAGUAAGAGCCAGUUCCAGAGUAUCUGGUGGCUUUCCUGAGGACAGUUCAAAAGAAAGGAAUCUUGUAUCCUGGGAAAGCCAAACUCAACCUCAAGUGCAGGUGCAGGAUGAAGAAAUUACAGAGGAUGACCUCCGCCUGCUUCAUGAGAGAGAGUCUUCUAUUAGGCAACUUGAAGCUGAUAUUAUGGAUAUUAAUGAAAUAUUUAAAGAUUUGGGAAUGAUGAUUCAUGAACAAGGAGAUGUGAUAGACAGCAUAGAAGCCAAUGUGGAAAGUGCAGAGGUACACGUUCAGCAAGCAAACCAGCAGCUAUCCAGGGCGGCAGAUUACCAGCGCAAAUCCAGAAAAACCCUGUGCAUCAUCAUUUCUGUCCUUGUCAUUGGAGUUGUGAUUAUCGGUCUCAUCAUAUGGGGAGUGACUAAGAAAGGCUGAACUUAUAAAAGGCACGCACUAUCGCGCUACAUUAUCUAGAUUAUGUAGGAAGAGUCCUGCAAUCGUGGAUUUUUUUUUUUUUUUUUUUAAAUUAUAAA